GAACUUUUGCUGACCUGCUGGAGAAGAGGCAGAUCCUGACACCAUGGGGCCUGUCAGCUACUCAUCAGAGACCUAUGACUUGGUUCAUCUUCAACUCAUCUCUGUCUGCUCCCACCCACACUCGUUGCUCGGAGAUGCACAUGAGAGGAUGCCUCAGAUACAGCUCUGCGCACACUUCCUCUGCCCGCAGCGAGUGGCUUACAAGCCUGGUGGAGCUGAGCGGUUACUAUGAGGCCGAGAACACCACUCCUUCCUUGGAAGGCUACUUUUGCUUCAAUCCAUCGUCAUCUGUGGUUGGCAACCAGAGAGACCCCUUCAGGAAGGUCUUCAUACCGCUCGCCUAUCUGCUUAUGUUCGUGCUGGGAACUGUGGGCAAUGCCCUGGUCCUUGUCAUUUUGGAGAGGUUCAAACGGUCUCGAACAACCACCGAAAACUUCCUCUUCCACCUCACCCUGGCCAACCUGGCACUGCUGCUCACCUUCCCCUUCAGCGUGGUUGAAAGCCUGGCUGGGUGGGUAUUUGGGACCUUCCUCUGCAAGAUCCUCAGUGCUGUCCACAAGAUCAAUUUCUACUGCAGCAGCAUGCUGCUGGGCUGCAUCGCGGUGGACCGCUACUUGGCCAUCGUGUAUGCAAUCCACACCUACCGCAAACGCAGAGCUCGCUCCAUCCACCUCACCUGCACGGCCAUCUGGCUCUCCUCCCUGCUCCUGACCUUACCCGAUCUCAUCUUCAUGGAGGUGUGGACAGAUGAGAGCAACCGCAGCAUCUGCUAUUUUCCAGAGGCUGGGAUUCACGGCAACAACGUGUGGCUGGCAACUCGCUUCCUGUACCACAGCGUGGGUUUCUUCAUGCCCCUGCUGGUCAUGUGUUACUGCUACAUGGCCAUCGUCCGCACUCUGUGUCAGUCCCAGCGCCUGCAAAGGCAGAAAGCUGUCCGCGUGGCCAUCCUGGUCACCGGUGUGUUCCUGCUCUGCUGGAGCCCGUACCACAUCGUCAUCUUUCUGAACACCCUGACCAAGCUAGAAGCCUUCGCCAAGGACUGCCUCCUGGAAGAUCAUCUGGACACCGCCAUCAUGGUGACAGAGGCCAUUGGCUUCACGCACUGCUGCCUCAACCCCAUCAUUUAUGCCUUCAUUGGGGUCAAGUUCCGUAACGACUUCUUCCGUAUCCUGCACGAGCUGGGCUGCAUAAGCCAGGAGACCCUACAGGAGAUCCUAGAGGUGACGAGGAAGGGCUGCGGAAUCGAGUCUGACAACACCACCUCCAUCUCCACUUUCUAACUCAGAAAGGUUGCCGCAGGGCAGAAACGGCCUGGCCGCACCUGUCCAGCAGUAUCUGUACUGUGUCCCAGUCCUAAGUUUCACAAGUGUCCCCACCACUCUCCUCAUUCCUCAGGAAGCCGAGGUCUGACAGCCACCUACCUACCACCCAAACCCCACCGCGUCGCUUCUGUGGUUCCUUCUGGUUCACAUACGUACCAAAAUCAGUCUGGCAGCUGUUGGCAAAUGCCGACUGUCCGACUGUCACUCUGGCGGGGAUGGAGGAACCAAAGCAGGUUGAACCUGUUGUUACCACAUCCCCAUCACCAAACCGACUGCAGGAGUCCUGUGCACAGAGCCAGAUGCAAGACUGAGUCACAGGGUGGGGGGGGAGGGUGGGGAGGGCAGGAAAAACGCACAGCCAAGUGGAAGUGGAGCUGCAUCAGUGAGUGAGGGCUGAGGAAAGGACCAAGCAGGUUCCCAUCUCACCUGCUCGCGUCACUGAAGCACCCCUUUGCUCAGAGGAAGCAAUGGGGGACAAUUACCGUGGUAGCUAGAGCAAGAGGUGCAGGCGAGACCAUCAGGGUACCCAGGGCUCAUCCCAGUGACAAAGGCCACACGGUCUCUGGGUGGAACACUGCUCCUCCUGCUGCGUGACGUCCUGCCGUCCAGCCACUGCACAUCGCCUUUCCCAGCACAGCUCACCCCAGGAGGCCUCGGACUCGGGUUUGACUGCUGCCGAUUCCUCUCCUGACAUCAGCCACAUCCCUCCCCAUUCACUUCAUUUGCUCACAGCUACAGCGAGCGAUUUGCUGAAGCGAAUGCCUGAGUAUGCAAAAGCUGUCUUUUAAGGAAGAUGACUGUCUGAACAGAUGGCUCAGUCUUGUGACUGAGCACGGAGAAAACGAACCGCACAUCUUUGUGAGGCUGAAGGUGUAAUCUUUACCCCCCCCCUCCCCUUUCCUUUUGCAGCUCACUGUACAUCGCUUUGUGCAUUCUGCCCCACAGUACGGUAAAACACAGGAGAAGACCUCA